UGCUGGCAGACGGCAGCGCUCGCAGAUGGAAGCAGGAGAAUGGAGGUUUGCGCGAGCACCUGGUGGCGCAGCAGACGGCGGCGCGCAGCAGACAGCAGACGGCGGCGCGCGCAGCAGACAGCAGACGACGGCGCGCACACCUGGAGUUCUCUCGCGAAUGAGUAAGUCCGGCUGCCAACUCGCUGCCAACCGAGCGCAACAACACCGUAGGGGUAGAUUAGUCCGAAGGGGAACACAACCGGCAUUAAGAUUUGAAAAACAUACGUUAACAGAGGGCGGCGGAAUAACUGUCCCUAUCUGGCGAGGAUGUGAGCUCGAGAAUACCAUACUAGCGAUGCGCGGCUGCGGAGUAACAAAGUGGCGAAGCCGCGCGACGAGAUUAUUACAAUCUCAAAUAACUCGGAUGAAACGAGGGUAAUGGCAUGGCCGUGACGGUGACGUGACGGGACGCCAAGGGAGACACGGCAGCCCAACCCAUUUCCGUCCCUGUCUCUGUCUCUCUCCGUGUGAAUGUGUGAUGUGUCGCCGUCCCGUUCCGUCCGCCCCUGCGGUGCGGGUGCUUUCUCCAGCGACAGCGACAGCGAGAGGGGAGGGGAACCAGCAAGCUCCUCCUCCUCUACCCCUCGCCUCGGCGGUGCCAACAGGCAGGCAGGCAGGUCGUCCGCGCCAGAUCUAUCUGUCCCUUCCUCUUGUAGUUGCAGGCAGACGCGCCAUGCGGAUGCGGGUGCUUCCCGCGUCCUGGUCAUCUUCCUCCGCCAAGCAUAGCAGCGGCAGCUCCGAGUCGCAGGAGCACCCUUCUUCCUCCUCUGCUACGGCCGCGGUGUACCUCAACAUCUACGACAUCUCCCCCCUCAACCACUACCUCUACUGGUUCGGACUCGGCAUCUUCCACUCCGGGAUCCAAGUCCAUGGCAUGGAGUAUGGCUUUGGAGCUCAUGAAUACCCCACCAGCGGAGUCUUCCAAGUAGAACCCAAAAGCUGCCCCGGGUUUAUCUUCAGGCGCUCUGUGUGUGUGGGUGUAACUCACAUGUCCCGUUCCCAAGUCCGCACUUCCAUAGAGGAUCUCGCCGAGGAUUAUCAUGGGGACACUUAUCAUUUGAUUCUCAAGAACUGCAAUCAUUUCACAGCAGAUGUCUGCGAGCGUUUGACCGGGAAGCCAGUACCUGGAUGGGUGAAUCGACUCGCCAGAUUAGGUUCCUUCUUCAAUUGUGUAUUGCCUGACAGCAUCAAGGUUUCAGCAGUCAGAGAUGUAAAUGCACAUCCAGAUUUUUCUGAAGGACAGACCUGGUGCAGUGGUGAGAGCCGUCUUAUUGAGUCAAUCGGGUUGCGGAUUCAAAGCAGCCUUUUUGCAUUUGCGGAAAAGGCCCUUCCCAGACCCGACUCAUGUAGGAGCCUCUGGCACUAGAUGAUGGCUUGGGGUCCAAUGCCUCGAUCCUUGAGGGAAGUGAUGACGAUGAUUUAGACCAACUCCUAAGAACACCUAACAGCGACACUGUGUCUUCAAGGGACAAGACAUUAACUCCUGGCAGGGAUAGUCUCUAAUUGUUCUCCUUUGAUAGCAAAAUAGAGGCAAGUGCUUUGAUGUUCACGUCUCAUGGUGGUAUGGGGUUGGCCUGAUCAUAUCAUCAUCUGCUGUCAAAAUUUGGUGGCGCGCUAGUCUGGGGUGAUGAAGGAUUGUUUGAUAUUGUUGCUAUUAUCAGUUGUUGAGGUUGAUAUAGCUGCCUAUAGUGUUAAUGUGAUCAUACUUUGUUGUGGUAUUAUCAUGUGGCGAAGGCCAAGUUAACCAGCAUGUCAUGGUUGUUUGUGUGCGCCGGUGUUUGUAGUGUGGCAUAUUGUCUGAGUAAGUAGAGGGUUUGGCUAGUCAUCUCACGUGACCUUUCCUUUGAAACGAUGAUGGUGUGUAUAAGUGAUUUCUUCUGUACAAAAAUUAUUGACAGAGUUUGAAAUGGUUUUCCAGAUAUAUUAUUUGUGAUCUGAACUCA